CUCCCACAGCAUCCAUUUGUAACCCGUCAACAUUCACUUGCAUGUGUUUGAAGAACCUGCAAUCAAAUUAAAAGGAAAUGUGGCACAGUCACUGGGAACAUUUUUCACUCUAUUAAUCAUAGACUCAUCACAGAGAGCUGGAGGGAUCAGACCUGUUACCCGGACAGACAAAAGCUGCCAAUCUGCUGCACGCUGUGUUGAUGGUGGCCACAUGCGUCGUUUGGAGAGUUGCAUACUUCUUCAGCCCCUGAAACCCACCUUCGUUUGCAGGAUCUCUGCUGCAUUCACUGCAGUGCUGAUGUCUCAUCAGUUUUGAUAUGGAGGCCCAACAGAGUCGUUGCUGUUUCAGCCACAACAAAUACGGUACCGUACUACCACACCUGCUGGUGUUGGAGCUAUAAAAAUCAGCACUUCUGACAUGUCGACUUCCUGGCAGCUCACCCCUAAAACGGACUCCGUUCCCUCUUUUGAAAGGACAUACAUUUUUACCCAGUGAACAGGACUGCUUUGAACAACAUAUGCUUCAUUUGGCAUCAGUCAUGUUUUAAUUACAUAUGGGGAAUUGAGAGUGGAGACAUUUGAAUGCCUUACUGAGACCCCAAAACUGUAACAAAAAAAAGAACUCGAUUGAUGUUUGUGUGUGUGUGUGUGAGGGUGCAGCGCAGCCUUGGAUCCGCAGUGGAACCACAGUCCGCCCGGGCGCCCAGCCUUCGGGCCGGAGACGCUCCAUACCAGCAACUACUCUCUGGUGUUACUGAUCCAGCUCAGCCUGCUCUCCUUUGACCUGUUUGUCAACUCCUUCAGUGAGCUGCUGAGGACUGAGCCAGCUGUGCAGCUGGUACUUUUCAUAAUCCAGGACAUUGCCAUCCUGUUUAACCUGAUCAUCAUUCUGUUGAUGCUGUUCAACACCUAUGUGUUCCAGGUUGGACUGGUUGCCAUAUUGCUGGAGCGGUUUAGAACCAUGCUAAUUCUAUCUGCUCUUUACUUGACCUUCAGCAUCAUUCUCCAUUCUUGGCUUAUGAAUCUGCGCUGGUUAAAUACAAACAGAUUUAUUUGGACCGACGGUCUUCAGGUGCUUUUUGUGUUCCAAAGAGCUGCUUCUGUGCUGUACUACUACUUCUACAAGAGGACCUCAGAGUAUCUGGGUGACCCUCGCCUCUAUGAGGAUUCGCCGUGGCUGAGAGAUAUGUUUUCACGGGUCAGACAAUGAUCUCUCUGCAAUAGAUCACACCAACACUCAGAUGCCUAGUUUAAAAACGGCAUUAAAAGAAUAUCAAAAUACAGUAUGUUACAAAGAAAACCCAUGCAAAACAAAGAACUGGUCACUGUAAUCCAUUUGGUUUUAAAGGAAAUUUAUUCAGGGCCCAUUCUAACACAUCCUUCGUGAACUAUUUGACAAGCUCAAAAGAAUAUUUCACAACAUUUCCUUUCAAAGCAGAGAGGAUUGUGCCAAAAUUUAGAAAGGUGUCUUAGAACAAAAACACCACAAAGUGUCAUGAGGGCUUGUUUUCCUGCAUAAAUGAUAACAAAAGAAUGACAUCAAAUGUGAAAUAGUAAAUGUUUUAUAUCCUGCUGGUACCAGUCACCAUAUAGCCUCCUUUCUUUUCUUUGUUUUUGUAUUUAAACAAAAAAAAAAAACAACACUAUAUUGCAAUUGUUUUAUAUAGAUUUGAGAUUAUGGUGUUGCUUUAACUGUGUUUGUUAUGUUGAUAUUGAUCAGAGCUUAACUUUUAUGGCUCAACUGGUUACUUAUCCUCACUGUCUGUGAAAUCUAAGUCAUCAUGUAUAUCUGAACUCUCUGUAUUUAAUUUUCAUACACUACACAUGCUGAAAACCCAAUAAAAUGUUGUUUCAAA